AUGGGUGGUAGCUCUAGCAAGAAGAACACCAACACGACACCGGUAUGGACACCAACAACUGUAACAAAACCAGCACCUGUACCUACAACUGCACCGAGAGCAUUGUAUGAAUUAAUUGAUGCAAGUCCUGAAAAAGUUAGCGAAGGCUGUCUACAUCUCUAUACAAUGGAAACAUUUCUCCGCACAGAAAUGAACAAAUUUUUACGUGAGGCAAAUAAGGAAAAGCUUGUAACGUAUGGACCAUUUCUUCGUCUACUCUAUUUUACAUUUAAUGAGCCAUCAACUGUUGAAGUGCAUAGCACAACAGUAUAUCAUGGUAUGAAUUUGAUUCAGUCGGAUAUUGAUCUCUACAAACGAGCCGCGGACGAUAAUACAACACUUCGAUGGAUGAGUUUUACUUCAACAACUGCAAAUCGUGAAUUUGCUGAGAUACAAUUUUUUUAA